CGCCCUUUUUGUCUUUUCCUUCUCGUUUCGCCCCGUUCGCGAUCCAAACCCUGGCCCCAAAACCCCGCCUCGCCGCCCACCAUGGCCGUCGUCGCCUCACGCCCCGCCGUGGGUGGAAUUUGGUCUCACGCCCGCCGCCACCCGCAGCCGCCGCCGACGGUGACGGUUACCUCGGGGACGACGGCCCGCCCCGUGGCCGUCGCCGCCUCUUCUCCGGCGACCGGCGGGGUGUCGCCUGUGCCACCGCACUCCAGGGGCUCGGCCAUAAAGCGUCACACGCUAUCAGUUUUUGUUGGUGAUGAAAGUGGGAUGAUCAAUCGAAUUGCUGGGGUUUUCGCUAGAAGAGGAUAUAACAUCGAGUCAUUGGCAGUUGGGCUGAACAAGGAUAAAGCAUUAUUUACAAUAGUAGUGUCAGGAACAGACAAAAUAUUGAAACAGGUUGUAGAACAACUAAACAAACUUGUUAAUGUUAUAAAGGUUGACGAUUUAUCAAAGGAACCACAAGUUGAAAGAGAGCUGAUGCUUAUAAAACUAAAUGUAGAGCCAGAUAAGCGACCUGAGGUAAUGGGUUUGGUUCACAUUUUCAGAGCAGAAGUGGUUGAUCUUUCAGACCAUACACUAACUAUCGAGGUAACUGGAGAUCCUGGAAAGAUGGUUGCAGUACAGAAGAAUCUGAGAAACUUUGGGAUAAAAGAAAUUGCUAGAACUGGCAAGAUAGCUCUGCGCCGUGAGAGAAUAGGGGAAACUGCUCCAUUUUGGAGGUUCUCUGCAGCUUCCUAUCCUGAUCUUGAAGUUACAAUACCUUCAAAUUCUCCACUAAGCACUGGAAUGAAGGCAAUCAAUCAGAAUGCAGAAGAAUCUUCCAGGGGCGAUGUUUAUCCAGUGGAAUCUUAUGAAAGCUUCUCAGCAAAUCAAGUUCUUGAUGCUCAUUGGGGUGUUAUGACUGACGGAGAUCCAACAGGGUUUUGUUCACAUACUUUAUCGAUUCUUGUGAAUGAUUUCCCUGGAGUUCUCAAUGUUGUAACAGGUGUUUUCUCCCGAAGGGGCUACAAUAUUCAGAGUCUUGCUGUUGGCCCAGCUGAAAAAGAAGGCACUUCUCGCAUCAUUACUGUUGUUCCUGGAACUGACGAAUCCAUUGCCAGGCUAGUACAUCAACUGUACAAGCUCAUCGAUGUUUAUGAGGUCCAGGAUAUGACUCAUUUACCAUUUGCUGCUAGAGAGUUAAUGAUCAUAAAGGUUGCUGUAAACACUACAGCUCGGAGUGCUGUCCUAGAUAUUGCUCGUAUUUUCGAGGCCCAAACAGUUGAUGUAUCAGACCACACAGUUACGCUACAGCUUACUGGAGACAUUGACAAAAUGGUUCGAUUGCAAAAGAUGCUAGAGCACUACGGCAUCUGUGAGGUUGCACGGACUGGCAGGGUUGCGCUGCUCCGCGAGUCAGGAGUCGAUUCCAAGUACCUCCGCGGGUUUUCCCUUCCGUUGUAGUUCGUCAUUUGCCAACAUAUCACUCCCCAUGACUUCAGGUCGCUGUUUCCAUGAUCUUCUGAAAACAGUGCAGCGUUAUUCCUUUGCUUUUGGAGCGACAGUAAUAGAAGAAUAAUUCAAGAUCAUACCCUACCGAGAUAACCACAGAAAGAAUAUCCUAUACAAUUGUAUGAGUUGGCUCAAAUUGUUGGUGUUCGGCCAUUCACGUUGUCUGUUGUCUUGAUUGCUACGUGUUAUGUCCCCCCCCCCCCCCCCCGGCUUAUGCAAGGUAUCACGAGGUUUGCAGCAGAUAUCAACUAGAAUAUAGUGCGUCGUUGGCGCAUCUUGUGGCCCCUCGCUGAGCCAGAAGUAUGCACUAAAUGUAUAAUAAUAUUUUGAAAGCGUUGAAAUAACCCAUCAAACUAUGGUAUUUAAUUUACAUAUCUCAAUUU